AUGGGCUUCUCUCAUGAGCAACGGCCCGGUUCACGUAUCCAUUCCAAAGGCCCACUUUUUUCAACCCACUGCAGUGCCUGGUGUCUCCAUAAAUCCAGUCCGCCGGCAAAAUCUGAAACGGAUAUCAAGCUGCACAGCCUGCCGUCGGUAUUGCUCUCCCUGGCGCGAGCCCCUCCGGCAAUGGAUGUUUCUUCUUCAGAUCAAUCGGAAGAGGCAAUCCUGAAGAUCAAGGCUGAACUCGCCUCAGCAGCCGCCAGCGGGGCCACGCUGCCGUUUGCCAAGUUCCUCGAGUUUGACCUUGCCAAGAUGGCGGCGGGAAGAGGCCCUGGCCAAUUGUUGAGUAAGGCGGUGCAGGGCGUCGUCAGGCUCGCAAGUGGCAGGGUUCGCCGGGGCGCCUAG